GUGAGCGGUAAGGAUGCCGAACAAAAAGAUAAUGCAGACGACGUUCCAAUCUCGGACGACGAAGAAGAUCAGCAGUUGGCUCAGGGCUNUCAGGGCUCGGAUUCCGAUUCGUCCGCGGACGAUACUGUCGUUCGUUCCGGUCAUCUCAGGAGGCAGCCGCGGGUCUCAGUUGGAGCUGGGCGUCGUGCUGCAGUCGCUGCUGCUUCAGCCAAAUCCAAGGCGACGGGCUUCGGUGCAUGGGAGCGUCACACCAAAGGAAUAGGAAUGAAGUUGUUGGAACAGAUGGGCUAUCAACCAGGAAAAGGUCUUGGUUCCGAAGGUCAAGGUAUUACAACACCAGUGCAGGCCACACAACGUAUGGGAAAGACGGCUAUCGGAUAUUUUGGUUCCGAAACGGCUCCGGCUCCGCGGCGAGGUAAUGAAGCUCUGGAAUCUCAAGAAACUGCUACCUCAGCUAUAGAGACCGGACCUCGGUACAAGAAAAAGACUGCUAAGCCUAACAAGUCAGUCGAUUUCAAGACUGCAGAUGAGAUUGUUGCCAGUUUGUCUCCGGCAACCCCGGCUGCUGCUGUCCGUCGAUAUGGCUUAUUCCUUGAAAAUAGCGAAAUGUCCAAGGUAAAGGUUAUUGAUAUGACAAGCAAGGAGCAACGUGUUUAUUCCGGUUAUGAGGCCGCCUUGUCUCGUACGGCUCGGAACAGUCACGCUCCAGACGUCCUGGAUGACGAGGAUGGUCCGGAUGCGGAAGGCCGGCGAGUGGAGAAACGGCGAGAGGGUCAACUUUUCGACUGUCCCGCUUUGCGACACAAUCUCGGCUUGAUUCUUCAGUCGUGUGAAGAUGAAAUUCGUAAGGCCGAUAGGACUGCGCGUUUCGAGGAAGAUCGUGCGGUGGCAUUAGAACACGAAAUUGAAAAAUUGCAAGAGGUGGUGAAACACGAAUCCGCGGAAACCAAACGACUGAAAACUGCACUGGAUUUGAUUGAGAAGUUUGAGACAGAGGUCGCACACAAAGAAGGCGAGUUAGUUCCUGAUGAGAUAGCCUCCUGGCUGACACGUAUCCGUCAGGACUGUGGUGAUCUACCCGAAAUGCCCGUCCUCAUGGCUGCCAUUGUAAGACCCAUGCUGGACAAAUCAAUUGGCAAAUGGAAACCGUUGGUAGACCCCUCAUUCUGUUACCCAUUAUUAUCAAAAUGGCGUGGAUUCUUUCAAAAUACCUCCGCCUUCAAUGUGGUCUUGGAGACUACCUGGUUAAAUAGUUUGCGUCGCACGAUUGUAAACGAAUGGGAUCCACGCGACUGUGAACCGCUGCUCGAGGUCCUCGAGGUGUGGAAAUCGCUGUUGCCGGAAGAUUUGUUGGAACGACGUAUAUUGGAUCAGCUCAUUUUGCCCAAACUUCAGAAAUUGGGUCUGUGUUUGAACAAUUGGCAUCCAAGCGAUGGUUCAGCUCAUUCAGUCCUCAUGCCCUGGCGUAGUGUUGUGUCUGUGGGCGCAAUGUCUGCAUUCCUCAAUCGCCAUGUACUACCCAAACUGAGUCUUGCUUUGCAGCAGUUCAAGCUUAAUCCUGCCUCUCAGAACAUGGAUGCGUGGAAUUGGGUUAUGCGUUGGGCGGAUCUUCUGGGACCAGCAGUUGUUGUCAACUUGUUAGAACAACACUUUUGGUCCCGUUGGCUUACCGUUCUCUCUAAUUGGCUUGUCCAGGCAGUGGAAGCUCGUCAACGAGGAGAUCAGUCCGGAGCAGCGCAAGUUUAUCAAGAGGUUGGGCGCUGGUAUGCCGGUUGGAAAGGUCAGCUACCACCGGAGUGUAUGGAAUAUGCGAGUGUAAAAAGUGCAUUGACAAAAGCACUUGCUAUGAUGGAGCGAGCGAUGCGUGGAUUGCCACCAGAGGAAUCAAAACCAGCUGCUCCUGUCGUUGCCGCUGGUCCAUCCAACCCAAGCCGAUAUCCGCUUCCUGGUGCAAGACCAGUUCCGGUAUCCAAUUUUGCUGGAGCCCCACUGGUAGCUCCACCCCCUGUCACUUUGCGAAAACAAGUAGAGCAAGUUGCCGCACAACGUGGUUUUGUCUUUCAUCCAAUUCCCAACCGCAUGUUCGAAGGUCAACAAGUCUACCGUCUCGAGGGUCUGCAUGUGUUUUUUGAUCGAAACGUCAGCUUUGUGCACAAUCCAGUUGACGGAGGUUGGCACCCAGUAUCAUUUGCUGAACUGAUGACCAAGGCUCAGUACUAA